AUGCCGCUGAACGUUAUUGAACGAACCUGCCAAGUGUCGCAACAUCGUGGAUCCGAAGUUAUAGAAGCAAAGGACGUGGAAUAUGUCUUAGAUAAAUACUUCAAAAUUCCUCAUUUUCCCAAGGGUAAUGGCAUUGCCGAACUUUUAAAGGGUGAAAACGAAGGACCAUAUGCUGAGAAACGCUCGAAACAUGCUGAUUUUACUGCGCAUAACCAAAGGCUUUCUGUUAUCAAUAAGACCAUUAAAAAGAUUUAG